AUGCCUUCGUCGUUACCCUCUUCCUCCUCCUCCUCCUCUCACAAGGAUCUAGAUAAUGGCGUUAACGCUGCAAAACUAGAAGCAGCCAACCGCUAUAUCCGUUGGAACCUCUUGUUUCUCUUAACAAUAUUCAUCUUUCUUCUUUUCCCUAUCUGGAUGCCUUUUGUUCCCUACGUCAAUCAAGCAACCAACGUUGUCAUCAUAACCAUAAUCGGUGUUUUCCAAAUCAUCUGGCUGAUUGCCACUAUUUGCGCCAUUCGACGAACACUAGCCAUCAACAACCGAAACAAGCUCAAGAACACAAAAGCUCAAGAUGUGGAAUCAGCUGAUUCUAUGACCAAAAAUCACUCAACAGUUCGCCACAUAGUCGCCAUGACCUUGUACAAGGAGCCUAUGAGUGUACUUCAAACUACAUUGGACUCUCUUGUGCUGCAAAAAGAUGCCAAAUCCCAACUCUCCAUCAUUAUCGGCAUGGAAUGCCGGACACCUGAUAAGGAGGCCAAGUGCAAUGAAAUCUACGCAAAGUACAAAAGUAAAUUCCUCCGUCUCAUCAUCACCUUCCACCCCUCAGGCAUUCCCGGCGAGAUUAGCGGCAAGUGCUCCAACAUGAACUACGCCUGUCGCCAAGGUUUGGAUAUUCUCCGUCAAGAUGUCGAAUACAACUAUGAAAAAUACGAACACAUCUUUACCAACUGCGACUGCGACUCUGUUUUCGACCCCGAAUACAUGCUGGAGUUGGAAACCCAGUACAAGAAGCUGGAUUCCGCCGACCGCCACUCCUCCAUUUGGCAAUCCAUCAUCAUCUACAAGCGCGACUCCAUGCCUUUUUUCGUCGACGUUACCGGUGUUCUGCGUACGUUUUUCUUCAUGGGUGUUUUGAUUCCAUGGAACAUCAAUCCCAUGUCCCAUUACUCUCUCAGCGUGAAAUUGUUGGAGGAGGGCGCCUUUACCCACCCAUCUUAUCAGAUGGAAGAUAUCAAUGCCUUAAUCCGCUACACGAUCAUGACACAAAGAGAAAUUCGCAUCCGGCCGUUGAACCUCAUUUCAAUCAACGGUCCGACUUCCGGUGCCAACUACGGAGAUGAAAUCCGCGAAUGGGCCCUUCAAAUUCGCCGAUGGACCAUUGGCGCAGGUGAAGUCUUCCACUACUUCAUUGUCAAGACGUACCGAAUUCCUGGGCUUUAUCUGUCCAUCAGCUGGGCUACUCGCUUCUUCACCUACUAUGGCCUCGUUCUCUGUGCCAGUGCCAUUUUUUCUGUGGUUUCCCCCAUCAUUAUUCAGCUUGUUAAUACGGUCGCUGCUCAACAUGAUCGAAUUUUCAUCAGCGACUCUCUCUUUUCAAAAAUCUGCUUGAUUUUCUUAGGAACACAGUACGCGUUUCUACUGAUUGCCACUGUCCUCGUUCGUUGGAACCUACCUGUGCCCGGCGAUAGUAACAAUCACUACAACAAGAGUCUUCGGGGGAUAACGAGGGGCUUGUUACAUUGGCUGUUAAUGCUGCCAACAAUUCUUGCUUACAGCUUGAUAGAGCUCUAUUCAUUCUUUGAAUUAGCCUUUAGAGGGAAGGAUGUUUGCAAGCACAAUGCUGCUAGCAAGAACAAUCUAGUCAUCAUAAAAGGCGACGGAGAUUCUUGA